AGUGAAGGUCUGGCAGUUGUUAUAGUAACGGUGGUGUGUAUACGUUUCGGUUUUAAUAAUGAUGGGGUCAGAGCAGGGUGCCAACACUUUUCUCAUCAGACCGAAUUAUCAACACAAGUUCAGGGCGUCGGUGGUGAGGGAGUGUAUUAGAGAGAUCCUGAGAGAGAAUUUAUCAGGAGUUCAGUAUGAUCCUGAGGAAACGCCGUCACUCACACGAACGCUUGCUGAAGCUAUUAAACACCAUGUUAAAGGUCUGGGUUUGGACAGAUACAAAUUGGUGGUGCAGGUGAUGAUUGGAGAACAGAGAGGACAGGGUGUGAAGAUGACGUCUCGCUGUUUCUGGGAUUCGGACACUGACGGCUAUGCUAAAGAAGUUUACAUUAAUGACAGUAUGGUGUGUGUGGCUGCUGUAUUUGGAGUUUAUUAUUACUGACACAGCAGGGCUCUAUGGUAACAAUUUCUUAUAGGAGAACUUGUGCUCCUAAUUACAAAAAUUUUGGAGCACGGUUGAAGUUUAGGGUUUUUUUUGUUGUUGUUUUGUUUUGUUUUUAAUAGGGAUGGUAAUAUUGAUUUGCCACAAUUAAUUAAUAUGCCACAAGUAGGCAUGAGAAAACUUGAGUUUGUCAAUUAUGACAAAAUUUAGGAACAUAGUGUGAGCCGUGACACAUUAAUUUACCUUCUGAUAAACUAAAUGUAAUAUUUUCAGUUAAUUUUACAGGCUGUAUGCAAAAAACAACCGAUAACCUGUUCCAGCUUGUAAACAAAUACAAUAAACCUCAAUGUUCAGUCUUUGAAGUCGGCUCCCCUUGAAUAUAUUUAAAGCUACACAAUUAGACAUUUUCCGCUGUCAUGGUUCUGGAUUGGAGUCAGUUCUCGAACCGCUCUGUGUAUAUUGUGUAAAUAUCUGAAUAAUCUCAUAUAGGAUGUGAUUGGGUGAGUUCAUUUAUCCGUCAGAUGCAAAGUGCUUUAGUUUAAUGGUGUUCAUUAGGGAUGCACCGAUCAGGAUUUUUACAACCAAAACUGAUCCAGAUGCCAGUCUUUUUUUUGUUUAAACUUUAAUCAGGAGGUCUAUCAUAAGCAGGUAAAUGUAAGCUCUCUGCUCAUGGUCACUGUUAAUUGAAUUAAAAUAAUAGCAAUGAGAAAUACUGUUGGUUAAUUGAUAAAUAAACAAGCAUAAAAUAUUUAUUUUUAAAUAUCUUAAACAAUAAAGAGUCCUAAUUAAAAGUAGACUAACACAAAAGUUAUCCAUAUUAGGAAAAAGUCUAAUAGCCUUCUAAGGAGAUGUCAAACUAAGCUUAAUGUCAAAUUGAUAUUAAGUGCAACCCAUAGUAAUUAAACAUUAUUUCAUUUCUCAUUUUAUUUAUAUUUUAUUAAGUUAUUAUAAUAUCUAUGUUUUAUAUUAAAUUAUUUAUUUACAACUAAGCACAUUUUCUGUCAUUACAUUUUAGUAGUUUUAUUUUUGUUUGUUUAUCAGUUGUUCCUAUUAGAUCGCUUCCCCCAGUACAGUGUUGCCAUGUCUGCUGAUAAUAUUGUGUUUGUGGAGUUGAUUUUUCUAGUGAUAUCUGGCAACGCUGAGUUUAAAUGAAGUAAAUGUGCUGUGUUUGAAGAGUUGGUGAAGGGAGAGCAGCAGCGUACUGUAUGUUUACAGACUGAACAGGUCUUACUCUUGAUUAUGAUUGGUGAGGAAUUAUUUAAUAAAGAAGUUUGAAUUAAA